GUCUUCAGGGACCUGUCAUCCGGUGUAGUGCGGCAGCGGCUAUUGAUCCGCGGGAUCAGCUUCAGCUGUGUCUGUAAGUGUAAUCAGCAGUGCAGUCUCUGGUCAUCCCCUGUACUGUCUGCAGUCUCUGGGUCAUCCCCUGUACCCUCUGCAGUCUCUGGGUCAUCCCCUGUACCCUCUGCAGUCUCUGGGUCAUCCCCUGUACCCUCUGCAGUCUCUGGGUCAUCCCCUGUACCGUCUGCAGUCUCUGGGUCAUCCCCUGUACCGUCUGCAGUCUCUGGGUCAUCCCCUGUACCGUCUGCAGUCUCUGGGUCAUCCCCUGUACCGUCUGCAGUCUCUGGGUCAUCCCCUGUACCGUCUGCAGUCUCUGGGUCAUCCCCUGUACCGUCUGCAGUCUCUGGGUCAUCCCCUGUACCGUCUGCAGUCUCUGGGUCAUCCCUGUACCGUCCGCAGUCUCUGGGUCAUCCCCUGUACCGUCCGCAGUCUCUGGGUCAUCCCCUGUACCGUCCGCAGUCUCUGGGUCAUCCCCUGUACCGUCCGCAGUCUCUGGGUCAUCCCCUGUACCGUCCGCAGUCUCUGGGUCAUCCCCUG